AACAAGGUUGAAAGACUCUCUGAAUGCUUUUGCUCUGAUAUAGUAGUUGAAGACUUUGACGUUUCCUCCAACCUCUUUCACAUCUGUACCUUACACACGCAGGACCGCACGCCAACACCAUGUCUCAAGUUCCAUUUGCAGAUCCACCAUGGCUGAGGGGCCUGCCCUCACCGUACUUCAACGAGUCACACCGCAGGUUCCAAGUUGCCUGUAGAAAGUUCCUUGACGAGAACUUGCAUAAGGACGCCAUGGAAUGGGAAACGGCGGAAGAUAUCCCGUCUGAUUUGUUCACGAAGUUCGCCAAAAGAAACUUUCUCAUUCCGGCGUUGCCGGCGCCCUUACCCGUAGAGUGGCUGCACAAGUUGGGAGUCACGCAUAUGCCUGGGGAAGUACCGGUAGAGGAGUGGGACGCGUUGCAUACCAUGAUUUACUCAGAUGAGAUGAGUCGCUCAGGACUGGCUGGACCUCCGGGAUCUUUGACUGCUGGCAUAGCAUUCGGGGUUCCUCCUCUACUGCACUAUGCCAAUGCCGAAGUGCAGAAUCGCUUCCUCCCUGAUCUCCUCCUUGGAAGGAAGAGAACCUGCAUUGCGAUCACUGAACCCGAUGCAGGAUCAGACGUAGCCAACAUCGCCACAACAGCUGAGCUCAAAGGCAAUGAGUACGUCAUCAACGGCGCCAAGAAGUGGAUUACCAAUGGUUUCGUGGCAGACUUCGCAACCAUGGCCGUUCGCACCGGUGGCGAAGGCUCAGGAGGGAAGGGCAUCUCGCUGCUUGUGGUACCGCUUGUGGACCAACCCGGUGUGAGCAGAAGGCGCCUUAAGGUCGCCGGUCAAAUUGUUGCCGGCACCUCGUAUCUCGAGUUUGACGAUGUCAGGGUGCCGCGAGAGAACCUCAUCGGCAAAGAAAACGAGGGCAUGAAAUACAUCAUGCACAACUUCAACCAUGAGCGGAUGUUCAUCUCGGUCGGCGUUACAAGGCAAGCUAGAGUGGCUUUGAGCGCCGCUUUUGCGUACUGUAUGCAGCGCAAGGCGUUUAACAAGACUCUCAUCGGGCAACCGGUGGUCCGUCAUCGACUGGCCAAAUGCGGAGCAAUCCUCGAGUCACAGUAUGCUUGGGUUGAGUCCUUUGCGUUUCAACUAUCCAAGAUGCCAAAGAAGACUGCGGAUGAGGAACUCGGUGGGUUAACGGCCUUGUGCAAAGCCAAUGCCGGUAUUGUUCUCGACGAGUGUGCGAGAUGUGCCGUGCUGCUAUUCGGCGGCAACGGCUACACGCGUACCGGCAAAGGAGAAAUUGCCGAAAAAAUCUACCGCGAGGUUCCCGGUGCGAGAAUCCCUGGUGGAAGCGAGGAUAUCUUGCUGGACUUGGCUAUCCGGCAGUUGACGAAGCGGUUCCGUGCCGAGACCGAGAAGGAGAAGACAAAGUCCAAAAUGUAACUAGUGUGUGGCCAAUACGAGAGACCUGGGAUGGGUAAAAGCGUAGAGAUGGUCUGUGAUUGCCAUGCUGUAGUUUCCAUGGGCGAUUUCCAAGUAGUAUGACGACUCUGUCUCGGAAUUGACAUCGGAACAUAACCAGUACAAGAACUUCGGCAAUCAAAGACCGAUUCACUUGGAACUUCUAGAUUGGGAUAUCUUACACGAACAAAGUAGGGAUUCCAGUUCGCCUUAUCUACGACUCCGUCUAAGUCCCGGCUGGGGUGUCUCGGAGAGAUUGACAGGAGAACAUCGAGAGUCCGAAUUUCCGCGAAACCACUAAGCCGUUUUUGGACAAAAAGUGCGAGGUCCAACAACUAGAUAUCCCAGAUGCAAGAUAUCAGGAAGCUGCAAUCAGCAUUAGGGGCUGGAUUUGCAUCGCUUUUAUUUAGAAAGCAAGAAAG